GUUUACUGAAUGUUUUUAGUAAUCGAUUAAGUAAAGCAUGGUCGUAUUUAUAACCUUUUAGUGUAGUGUGUGGUUAUUUUAUCUUAAAGGAAUAAUAAAGUCUUUAUAGUGUUGGUUGAAGUCGAUAAUUUUUACUACUUUGUACGCAAUGAAAGUUAAGGUUUUGACUAGAAAUCCCGACGAUUAUCUACGAGAAACGAAAAGGGACAUUCAUAAAGUUCCUAGGAAUUUUGAUCCUGAUCACCAUCCGUUUGAGGGUGCUAGAGAAUAUGUACGUGCUUUGAACGCUGUUAAACUUGAAAAAAUAUAUGCGAAACCAUUUGUUGGAAGUCUUGAUGGCCAUUCUGAAGGCAUCUCUGCUAUAGCUAAGCAUCCAAAAAGCUUAUCAGUUGUGGCUAGUGGCUCUCAUGAUGGAGAAGUUCGAUUUUGGGAUCUACCAACCAGAAAAUGUUUUCGAAAUAUUCAAGCUCAUGAUGACUCAGUUAAAGGUAUUGCUUAUACAAAGCUCGGUGAGAGAUUUAUUACAAUUGGGGACAAGACAAUUAAAAUUUGGAACAGCAAAGUCCCUGAAUAUGGUGAAACAGAUAUGCCACAAUUUUCGAUAGUUUCCAAGGCUCUAUUAACUGGACUUACGUACAGUCCGAGAUAUGAAAAAUUCGCCACUUGCGGUGAAAAAUGUCAACUUUGGGAAGAAGAACGCAAUGAACCUAUUACAACUUUUACUUGGGGUGUUGAUACAGUGCAUUAUAUUGCCUUUAAUCCAAUUGAAACUUAUCUUAUAGGAGCAUGUGCUGACGAUAGAAGUAUAACUUUUUAUGAUACACGUGAUUCAGGACCUAUUCGUAAGUUGGUCUUAGCUUUGAGAACGAACCAAAUUUCUUGGAAUCCAAUGGAAGCCUUCCAUUAUACUGUUGCCAAUGAAGACUAUAACCUCUAUACUUUUGAUAUGCGGCGCAUGUCUUCUGCUGUCAAAGUUCACAAAGGCCACAUUAGUGCUGUCAUAUCUGUUGACUAUUCUCCGACAGGGCUAGAGUUCGUCUCUGGUAGUUACGAUAGAACAUUGAGAAUUUUCCCUGCUGAUAAAAUGAACUCCAGAGAAGUUUAUCACACAAAAAGAAUGCAAAGGAUAUCAAAUGUUUCGUGGUCUCUGGACAACAAAUACAUAUUAAGUACUUCUGAUGAAAUGAACAUCAGGCUUUGGAAAGCAAGAGCAUCUGAAAAAUUAGGAGUGUUACCUCCUAGAGAGCGUGCAUCAUUAGCAUAUAAUGAGGCAUUAAAGAAGAAAUACCAAGCAUUCCCAGAAGUUAGGAAAAUUGCUCAUUUCAGACAUGUUCCAAAGUAUAUCUACAGUGCUUCUCAACAAAUCAGAAUGAUGAGAACAAAAGAAAAGAGGAAGGAGUCAAAUCGACGACAACAUUCCAAGCCUGGAACUGUGCCAUUUGUUUCUGAAGCUAGGAAACAUAUUGUGAAGGAAGAGUGAUAUAUAAAAUCAGUGUUUGAAUUGAUAUAUUUUAUGCUGUUUUAAUUGUUUGUACAUAAAUAAAAUUAAAAUAUGUUUUUUAAAUUAUUUUAAAAAUUGAGAGUUGAGAUUGGUUAAAACAAAAACCUGCUAUUUUAUAUUAUAUAUUUUUUUUUCUGCUAUCCAAAAUAACCCUGAUUUAGAUAAAUG